AACAAAGCUAUCUGUUUGCGAACAAGACUCGCCACCUCGUCUCUUCCUCGGAAGAAGACCCGGAGGUGGAGGUAGUACUUACUAUGGAAAACAAGAUGUAGCGCUCCAGUUCCGAAGGUCAAAACCCGCCUGCGGAGCAGGGCAGCGCUGUUCCGGCCAGGGUACUACCGGAGCAGGGUCCGGUGGAUUGCUUGUCUUUAAUCCGCUGCCAGAACAAACGGCUAGUUCCAAAGCGCGAAGAACGCCAUGAGCGACUGGUACAAAAACAAGCGGCGGCGGGCGGCCUUUCAGAGUCUCCAAAACUCCUGGGCGAGUGUAAGCGGAUGAAAUGGCGGGUGUUUCGAGACUUCGUGUUGCGGAAUUUUGCAUGAGGAGCACAGUAGACAUAGGAGGUCUACUACACUAGUACCCUUCGUUGGUGUAAGUCGGGUCUAGCACCAUUCAAUCCUUGAGGACAAAUCAACUAAGAUCAAUGAUAGCACGACAAAAAAGAUCACGCGUUUCUCCCCUCUCCAUACGAGCUCUUCUCCGGACCGCCGCGAGGAGCGUUGGGUUCUGACGGUCAGGAGGACCAAGAGGAGGAAGAGGACGCCGGACAGCAGCAGCAAAACCCAGAACCGAAUUCAUCCACCCUGCUAAAGGAUGAAAGUAGAACCGCCACAACUUCGGGUGCCGGUGCCACCGAUCCGACAAGUAGAAACGCAGCAACAACUUCUAGUGCUGACACAACAACUACGGGCAAAAAUCCUUCCGCGCAGGACAUCAUCAAAAAAUUCGCGGUUGACAAAACCCAACUCGACGGGGAGGACUCCGACGACGGGCUGGAGAUAUGAAUCGCAAAUAUGACUGGGUCUUCUGGAAGACUGUAAGUUUGUCAUGCUUGUCUGGCAUGACUCGCAAAUCUGUGUUUCCUAGGCACGAAAAGGCCUUCUUACCUGUUAUGCAAAAACGCAGUUUGCCAUGCCAUGCGGAAUACGUAACACAUGGCAGCCAAAAAAUUUGUCAUGCGUAGCUGCGUAUUGCAGUACGUCUUUCAUUCACUUUUAGCAUUACAAGUUUCCAGAUAUUUGCAUUUGAUAGGAGAACCUCCGCGACAAAACGCGACUUCGACCGGCGCAAACGUUUCUCGGGCGGUACAGCAUCACGCGAGGGGUUUUGGUGAUUGGGUUCACGCACUUGUUUUUCUGUGUGUUUUUCCUGUGCUCCAUCAACAGUACGCACGCACUGAACGUGUUCGGGGUUUCAAUCAACGAGAGCACGCAAGUGUGGUUCGGCGCCUGGUUCCUCCUGGGCAUUCCGAUCGUGAUUGGCGGCGGGAUAGGCGUGGUGUACCGGGUGGAAUUCCAGUUGCGGCGCUACUACUACUACCUCGUGUUUAACACGAGUUUCAUCGGGUUACACGUCCUCGGGGUGGUGUUCAGCGGACAGCUCUGUAACGCGACGACGUCCCCGUAUCUGCGGGAACUGGCGUCGACACUGGUGUGCGGGGUAAGGAUUACUAUAUUUGUCAUGCAAAAUUCAGAUGGACAUGAGCUGCUUGUCAUGCAGAAUUCACAUGACACUUCUGAAAAAUCAAAUUUACAGUCCACCAACUUCCUCGCGCUGUUGUGGAUCUUCAUCGGAGCAGUGGUUUCGGCGUACUGUAUAUGCAUUGCAAAUAUGUCUGGGUCUGGAAGAAUUCGAAUUUGUGAUGCGGUGUCUACAUCAUGACAAAAUCGGUCAUGCAUGGCUAGCAAAAGGCCCCAGUUCUUGUUUCCGAGAAAAGGGAUUUGUCAUGCGGAUUAGGCAUUGGGAUAGCAGCUCAAUCUGUGACGCUAGAGCUUGCAUGCCAGGCGAUUCUGGAACAGGCAAAAAAUGCAUGACAGAUCUCGCAUGCUUCCAGACCCAGACAUAUUUGCAGUUGAUACUGUACCUGGAUUGUGUGGUAUGAGAAUGGGCAAGGUCUUCGUCUAGACCAGAAGCAGCAGCGAAGUAGUAGAGUUUGCAUUUGAUAAAGCAGGAUUUCAUGCCAGUCUGCAUGUGCAUUUCGAGGUCACUACUGAAGCUGUCAUGCAUAAACAGCAUCUGAUGUUGUGUUGAGUUCAGCGUACAGGCUUGUGCAGCAUGACAUCAAAUCACAAGCACUGCUGCCUCUCGUGACUCUCAUCCUACCCUCCAUACCCCGUCUGCCGCGGAGGAGGUUCAAAUGGCGUUUUUUCCGGAAUUGGAGGCCCACCUGUUGAAACUAGAAGCGGAACGGAAGAAAGGGUACGACACUAUGCCGAAUCUUGGAUCGGUUACGAAGAUGAGGAAAAUUUUGAGUCUACUGAGAGGACAAUGUUGGCCUGAUGGUGGAGGAAUUGUUGUCAUGCGUUUCGUCAUCUCCUUUUAUUCUGCAAUGAGCACUACGCUGCGCAUGCAAAUUUCCUUCCUCUGUUGCUUCGUGUUCGGAUCCUGCUACACACCUAGUACACUCUGAUCUUCGUCACAGACUCACAAUUUUCCCUGCAGACCCCCCCUGACGUCGCAAGCAGCCGCGGAGAACUCUUUCCGGCGGAAGAUGGAGAAACUGAACAAGAUGCAAAUUAAAAGCAGCAAUUCGUCCGGGAAUGUGGACAGUGGGGAGUUGGUGGACCAUGGGAAGGUUGCGGAGUUGAUCGAUGAAGAGUCGGAAUUCGGAGAGUUUGCGGUGGUGCAGGAGGUGUGAUGGGGGUGGGGUUAUUCUUUCACCGUUUCAGUGUGGGCACUCGCAGGCGCCGUCUUUCUUGACAUUUAUUUCUAAGUGCUUGUCUAGCGUUUCUUCGCAAGUAGAAGUAUUGGCAAGGUUAGUUUUUUCUUUUCGUAGCAUCUAGGAGAGCGGGAAGCUUCAUUGACCGCCUUUUUUCCGGUACUUGGGUUUGUUGUACUGUUUCUAACUCAGACAGACUCUGUCGAGACCAUCGACUGGCACCUUCAGACGGACAAGGUCCCGCAAGAAGAAACUUCAUGUCAAAUUUUUCCCCAUUGACCUUAGCGCAUACCAUUUUGAGCGCAGUGUUUCCGAGGCAACACAUGCUCACCUUGCUCUUCUUUGAAUGUCAUACAGAGAAGGAGCCUCGAGAGACGAUAAUUUUUUUGUCGAACUGGAGCAGCGGAAUCACCACUCCUAGUUUGAUGAGCAAGGCUCCUGUUUGUGUGUGAAAAUCGGAGCGAAAACAAGCUGAAUGAAAGUCAAAUCUUGAAAAUUCUUUUCUGCAACUGCAAUGAAAGUCAAAUCUUGAGCAUCCGGAACAUCUUCAAGCAGGUCGGAAAAAGAACGCUGAAAUUCAAACACGAGAGGAAAACGAAGAAGAAGAAGAAACCCAACAACGAACAGACGAUGGACAAGAAAGAAGUAGACGAAAAGAACCACGCAGAGGAGAAGGCCGCCCAAGGCGGAACGAACGACGACGAGCAGGG